CACGAACCAACCUACUACCUAGCCACAUAGAGCCAUUUUAAUUCAGAACAGAACACAUUUCCUACGUCCUUAACCCAAACACAAAAUGGUUGCUAACAACAGCAACUCCGUGCAACACACAGGCAGGGCGCCGGCCUCGCCGCUGGUCACACUCAGCGCCUGCCUCGUCCUCCUCAGCGCCGGCGGGUCGCUGGUCAUCCGCGUCUACUUCGUCCAUGGCGGGCCGCACCUCUGGGUCUCCACCAUGAUGCAGGUGGGCGGCUGGCCCCUGCUCCUGCCCAUAUGGGCCUCCCUGCUGCUCCUCCGGGAUGGCGGCGGCGCCGGCAUCUCCGUCCACCUCCGCUCGCCUCAUCGCGCCGGCUUCCUUGCCGUCUUCGGGGCGUGCUUCGCCAUCGCGUGCUUCGCCUACUCGCUGGGCUCGCAAUCCCUGCCUCUGUCCACGUCCGCCGUGCUGCAGGCGACGCAGCUCGCCUUCAACGCCAUCUUCGCGUUCCUGUUCGCCGGGCUCCGCUUCACCCCCUUCUCCGUCAACGCGGUUGUCCUCCUCUCCAUGGGCCCCGCGGUGCUCGGCGCCCGUCCGAACUGGGCAGGGUUCGUCGAGUGCCUGACCUCGGCGGCGGUUCUGGGUCUCGUCCUGCCGCUGGUCCAGGUCACCAUGUCGAGGGGGCACGGCCGCCGGAGCGGCGCCGCCGAGACAGCACCGCCGCCGCCGCCGUCGUUCGCGAUGGUGGUCCAGAUGCAGGUCCUGAUGGGCGCGGCCGCCACGGCAGUGUGCCUCGUCGGCAUGGCCGUCAGCAAGACAUUCCAGGCAGUGCCGGAAGAGGCCGGCGAGUUCGGGCUCGGCGAGACCGGCUACUACCUGCUGCUCGUCGUCGGCGCUAUUUCGUGGCAGCUCUCCAACCUGGGGGUCAUGGCACUCAUCGUCUGCUCCUCGUCGCUCCUCGCCGGGAUCAUGAUCGCGCUCUUCCUUCCGCUCUCGGACGUUCUCGCCGUCAUAUUCCUCCACGAGAAGAUGGACGGGUUGAAGGCGAUCGCCCUGGUGGUCUCCCUCUGGGGCUUCGUCUCCUACCUCUACGGUGAGAGCUUAGAGAAGAAGAUGGAGGCAGGAGAGAAGGAAGCGGAGUCGAUCUGUAGCCCAUUGAUAGUCCCUUGUGAUUUUUAAAUGUUUUGCCACUCUGGAAAUUGCUCUGAGAAUAAUUGUUUAGGAUGACAGGCACAUUUUGGCGUGUUCAUCCCAGACUUAAGCUCAGGCCCCGGCAAGCAAGGGAUAAAACCGUAGUUAAACCGUGGCUUCAACAGUAACUCAUCCUUAACAAAGAGCAGACAACAUGGAAAAAGAAAAACAAAAGUUGUUAUAGCAUCUGCAGGGUAACUUUUGUCUUUUUUUCAUUUCACCUCUUCCUUCCAGUCCAUUGCAUCCAUCUUGAUCUUAUUUACGAAAGGUUGGUCGCUGUUAGAGUAUAUUUGAUAGUUGUAGAUAUACGUAUCUUAGACUGCCAUAUGUAUCGAGGGAGCUUUGCCCCCCAAGUCUUGGACUCAAUAUAUAUCGGCCGAGAGGCUCAAUGCAAUCAAAUCCAUCUAUUAUACACAA